UUCUUCUUCUCCGCACUAAAACGCCACCGUUUUAAACAGUCUCACAUCCAUUUUAAAAACUGCUCGAAACUCUGCGAAGGAGUUUGGUAAGUGAUGGAUCUCAGAAGAGCAGGGAGCCGAUCAUCUAACAACAUUGAAUUAAGAUCAACGCCGGCUUCUCCCGCUCACCGUAACCAUCUCCGUGGUGUUGGUGUUGGUGGCUACUCCCCCGUUCAUCGCAACCAGAACGUUGCCACCAAAGCCGCGGCUCAACGGUUAGCCAAAGUCAUGGCCUUACAGCACAAAUAUGAUGAUGAUGAUGACGACGACGACGACGAUGAUGAUGAUGAAUUCAAAUUCGCUGCUCCUUCUUCUGCCAUCAACGGUAUCAGUAACGUACCGGCGGCUCCCUUCGCUAGCCGCAAUCGUUCGCCGUCACCUGCGAUAAGCAGAUACCUCAACGAGCACAACGCUUCGGUGCGUUCUUCGUCGACGGGAAGGUCAUCAACGUUUGGUAGAUCCACAGCUCCGAAUGCAUCUCCGGUUUGGAUGCCACCUAAGGCGUCGUUGAAACCUCCACUUGAUCCUCAUUUUAAGGACAGAGAUACCAGAUAUUAUGGCGAUGUGCCGUUGGUUAAUUCGAGAGAUAAGGGUUAUCGGCGGGAAGCUUCAGCUCUUCGUGAUGAAGUGGAGAUGCUACAAGAGGAGAAUGAGAAUGUAUUGGACAAGCUUCACUAUGCGGAAGAAAAACGCCAGGCAGCGGAAGCCAGGGCUAGAGAGCUGGAAAAACAGGUUGCCUUUCUUGGAGAAGGAGUGUCUCUGGAGGCCAAAUUGAUUAGUAGGAAGGAAGCGGCUUUGCGCCAAAGAGAGGCUGCUCUUAAGGCUGCUAACGAGAAAGAAGAUGAGAAAAAGGAGGAACUUGUUUCCCUCCGUUCAAAAAUUCAGUUCAUGAAGGAUGAGGCUGUAAAAGCUGCAGAACGGCUACAAGAAGCAGAGUCAGAAGCAAAUGAUCUUCGUACAAUGACUCAACGAACGGUUUUAACAGAAGACGAAAUGGAGGAAGUAGCCUUGAAGAGAUGCUGGCUUGCCCGUUAUUGGGGUUUGGCAGCUCAGCAUGGCAUUUGUGCUGAUAUAGCACCAUCCAGGCAUGAAAAAUGGUCGGCUCUGGCUCCUCUUCCAUUUGAGCUGGUCAUAUCUGCAGCACAAAGGGCCAAAGAGUUGUCUGGGGAUCAAGGUGGGAGUGAUGAGAGCAAAACUGAAAGAUUUGUAAGUGAGCUAACUGGAGAAGGCAAUAUCGAAAGUAUGCUUUCAGUUGAGAUGGGUUUGAGAGAGCUAGCAUCCUUAAAGGUUGAGGAUGCUGUUAUGCUUGCAGUCUCCCAGAAUAGAACACCGAGUUUUGUCCGUCAAGAAUCCAAAGGGAAUAGAGAACUCAGAUUUGUAGAAGCAUAUGAACUAAAAGAAGAGGAACAAGAAGAUGUUGUCUUUAAGCAGGCAUGGCUGUUGUACUUCUGGGCUAGAGCCAAGUUGCUCGGUGUAGAAGAAGACAUCGCUGAUGAACGUCUCCAGUUUUGGAUUAGCUGUAGCGAAGGAGAAUCUACUACCUCUCACGAUGCCGUAGACGUGGAGAGAGGUAUGUUAGAGCUAAGGAAACUAGGAAUAGAGCAACAACUAUGGGAAGCUUGUCGCAAAGAAACCGAACACCUUCCUCCAUCUUCUUCUCCUACCUCUACUCUCGCAAACCUCGACACUUAAGUUUAUAGAUUAUCAUAAAUUGUGUGGGAGAAAGAAACAUAACAUUAUUGUAACAUCUUUCUCUGAAACAAAACAACAACAAAAGAAGAAGAAAG